AUGUACCUCUGGGACGCUUUUAAGUCUUACAAGUCUUUUCUCCGCUUACUGGCAGGCUCGAACGCCUGCGCUAUCGUCCCUGCCGCUACCGUUACCGGUGCCGCCGCUGCUUUCGUGAACUGUAAAACGUGUCGGAUCCCCAAGGCGUUGAUGCUUGCCGGCAUUCGACUCGAACUCAAUCGAGGAGGAACGAAUACGAACCGUCACCCUGUGAAUACGAAAGUCCGAAUCCCAGCCGGCAUGGCGUGCACCUUGUUCGUAGCAUAUUUCUGCGUGGGCGUCAUGCGCCUUCCGUUGUUUGCCUUGCUGAUCUUCGUUCCAAUGUCGGCAGCAUCGCAGGACGUAUUCGAUUACUUAUUCAGGAGUGCGUCGGAUCUCGGAAAGUCAAUCACAGAUCCAUUUUUCGAGCUAGCGAGAGGAAUCUUGCAGAAGACGGAACCGAUUCUAAUUACGGACCCCGAUGCCAUAGCAGCGAACAAAGGAGUCGAUUAUUACAUCAGGUACAAAGGAUACCCGGUCGAGACUCACAAGAUACGCACAAAGGAUAACGUCACUCUGACUUUGCACCGGAUACGAGGCGCUCCCGGGUCGAUUCCAGUCCUACUACAGCACGGAGUCAUGAGCUCAUCAUUCGACUUCGUUGCGAACCUCCGCUCUCAGAGUUUGGGUUUCAUCUUAUACGACGAAGGAUACGACGUCUGGAUGCUGAACUCGAGAGGCAACAAAUACAGUAGUGAAAGCGGACGCACGAAGAAGCACUUCUAUGAAUUCACUUGGGACGAACUCGCCGCAUACGAUAUGCCCGACAGCAUCGAUUACGUUUUGGCAACCACAGGCCACAGAAAACUGCAUGUCGUUGGACACUCGAGAGGAACGACGAUCAUGAUAGCGAUGCUCGCAUCGAAACCGGAAUACAAUCAAAAGAUUCGUUUGGCCGUCCUCCUAUCACCGGUAGUGUUCCUGACAGGAGUGAGUGCGUUCGUUCAGAAUCUCAUCACAGUUUUCAGCAAUCCCGCAGUGAGAUACGCCAUAGACGUCUGGACAGAAAACAGACCUCUCUUCACAAAUUCCCGCGCGGAUCUAGCCUACUUCACAUCGAAUCCCAGCUUGUGCUCGGCCCGUCUGUGCCCUUUCGCUAACGACCUGUCUGGAAUUCUUCUAUCGAACAACGGGAAUCACAAUCAAAGUCGGCUCGCAGUGUAUUCCACGCAUUUUCCCGCCGGGACGUCUUUCAACGAUUUGAAACAUUACAUGCAAAUGUACCACUCAAAGCGGUUCGCGUAUUUCGACUACGGGAGCACGGCCCGCAAUCUGCAUGCCUACGGAUCGGUCCGACCUCCAUCUUACGAUCUGAGUAAGGUCACCGCCAAAAUGCUGAUUUUCUACUCAAAGGACGACGCUUUCAUUUCGGUCGAGGACGGCGCCCGUGUUUCGCAACUUUUCAAGAACAACAUUUAUAAAAACACCGCCAUCUUGCUUCCGUGCUCAGGAUUCGUCCACAUGGAUUUCCUCUGGUCGGUGAACGCCAAAAAACAGCUUUACAACAUGGUUAUCAAACGGAUGCACGAGUACGAUGAAGAGCACCGGAGACGCUGA